AAACAGUUUCCUGUGGUAUUUCAGACAACUAGUGAGAAGCCCGCUAUAGUCACUGAUGCUGGCGAUAACCAGGAGAGAAAGAAGACAAAAAAGAAGAGCCAAAAACAUGCUGAAGGAAGUGAUGAUGGCAUUGAAAAAGAAACAAAGAAGAAGAAAAAGAAAAAGAAAGAUAAGGAUGACGACAGGUCAGAGAAGAAAACAAGAAAGAAGGACAGAUCUAGAAGUGAAAGAGAAAGUCACAAAGAUUCUGAUGGACAGAAGAAAGAAAAGAAAAAGAAGAAAAAGAAAGUGGAAGAAGACCAAGAUGAAUUUGAUGACGAUUUAGAGAAAUUUUUGGCAGACGAGAAAUCGGGCGGGAAAUACGAGUCUUUCUAAUCAAUUAUAUUGCAUUAAAGCAAAAUUUUUGUCUCAGUAUUUUAGCUGUACAGCGCCAUAUCAGCCUAUAUGCAAAUACCUGAAAUGGAUAAAGGAUGAAAGCGUGUGUUGUAAUGUAGUUGUCAUACCAGAGACUUGUAGGUAGUAAUGCACUGCAGAAUUAAGUUUCAUUAAAUUUGAUACUGUUCUGUACAAAACAUUUUUAAAUGGCAGUGGAAGGCCUGAAGUGGUUAUAAGCAUGACUAAACCUAUGUUUGCCCAAGGGCACAUACCGAGGGUGUAUCCCAAAUGCCAUUGUAGGUUUAGAAGUGUUAAUAAUCAUAUUAGUUGCUGAUUGUAUACCUUAACACAAUAUUGAGUACUUUAUUGUUUUUAAUCAUUUAAAAAAUAGACAGUAACAAAUUUGUAAAGGUGACAACACAGGGUAAAAUUUAGACGUACGUCUUCGGAGGUCCAAUAUCUAGUUACUUGCCCGCUACCGGUUUUUGCCCUGGGUUACAGGAGUCUUUCCCAUGCAGUUAUUUUACUGCUUAUAGUAAGGUAUAUAAUCGAGAUAUUCAAAAGAAUACCAAGCUGUGGAACUGUAAUGGACAUGUCUAAUUUAAUUUCAGCUGGAUAAUCUAGCAUGUAUAUCCUUUAUUGUACUGAACACUGAACAGUUUGAAAUAAUAUUCUUAUUAUACUUUGUUCUUAUUUAGUUAAAUAUGCUUAUUUAUUUUAUCUUGAUUGUGAUGACAGCUUUAACCCUUACCCUGCUAUAUUUCUAUAAUGGACUGGUCCAUCUUUCAAUUUGGACAGUACCAUUUAUUAUUAAAGGGGUUUUCACUGAAAAUUUACUGACUGAAUAGCGAACAGUGCAGACCAUGAUCAGACUGCACGGAUGUGCAGGCUGAUCUUGGUCUGCACUGGUCGCAAAGGCAGAAUCAUCUGCCGCCAGCAGGCUAAGGGUUAAACUUAUUUGAACCUUUUUCGAGUCCACUACCUAGAAAGGCCAGUACUUGUGUAUGAGAAGGCAUGAUUGCGACCCCAGUAGGGCUUUAACCCAUGACCCCUGGUUGAGUUUGGCCAACACCUUAACCACUGGACCCCAGCUGCCCCUGUAUGCUAUAUGAUUAUUUCUUGGAGAAAAAACAUACAACAAUUGCUGUGAUUGAAACUAGUGAAAAUGCAUGGAGAACACUAUAUUAUGCAUUGAUCAAAAUGGAAGUUCAGGCAUGCUUGGGCACUUGUAUCAAAGUUCAAGAUAUGCAGACCGUGAGGAUAAAUUUGAUGGAGGCAAUUGAGGAAGUACAUUGUUUCAUGGUUUUUAAAGUUACCUGAAUACAAGAGGCAUAUAUUUUAGUGCAUUUUGCCAAUAGCAAUUAGCAUGUGAUAGGUUUGGACAUGAAAUAACAUAUUCUGGUGCAUUGUUUUUGGAUUUUAAGGUUAUAAUCAUUCUUUUAGAAAGAGAAAAAAAUAAAGCAACUGAGGCGCACUAAUUGACCCAGCAGGUGACUCGGUUUCCUCAACAGUCACUGCUGCUGCAAAAUGAUAUUUUUCCUGUAUCCAAUAAUGGAAUUUAUUAUAUGGUCUCUUAAUGUAAAUGUGAAUAGUUGAUUUGUAGAGAAAAAAACGUAUAGAGUUGUAUACACAUGUUUACAUGUUAUAUUCUUUAUUGAAUUGUCUGACAUGACAUUCCAUCCAGUAUGAAAGGUUGAUUCUUAUAAGUGUAUUUUUUUGUCCGUGUAUACAUUUCAUUUUAAACAUUAUGCAUCGGAAUGAAACUUAGGAUAUGGUUCAUUAAAUUGUUUUCCAUGGUUCAUAAAUUGUAUUCCAUAUAAUUGUAUUCCAUGGGGUGAAACAUGAAACAUUUUACUAUAAAACAAUUCAAGCUUGCUUCACUUAAUUUUCAGGAACUGUAUAUUUUUAGCUGAAAGCAGUAUUGUAUUCAUUCAGCUCAUUAAUUUAUGGAUGUAACGAUUAAACGCCCAUUCAACAUUUAAUUUACAGUAGUUCUGCACGUUUUUUUCUACAGUUUAGAAUUUUAUUAAGCCCUGAUCUUUCAAAACUUCAGAAAGUACCUAGAAAACUUGGCAAGUUAAGGUUGCGUGCUCGAUUUUUUGGCUAGGAAGCCCGUGCCUGUUAAGAAAAAACUGGACAUCACAUUAUAAGGGCUAACUUAUUAAACAGCAACUUCUCUUAAGCCUGUUAGCUAACUUUCCAAAUUUACUUACUGUCUUAAACAGGCCCCUGCCUUAAGCAGCCAGAUUUUGUUCCUACCUUGACUGGCUGCUAAAUUUAAUGUGUCAUAGUAUUAAGAUCUAGCCAGAGGAUACUGGUUCAAAUACUGUUAAAAGUAUCAUCUAACUUCAGUAUAAGUAUUGGUCAUGUUGGUAGGAAACCUUGAAAACUGUUGCUAGUUUUAAAAUGUCCUAAACGUAGGAAGACAGUAGUAAUUUCACUUGUGUUAUCAUUAUAUUUUACUCAGAAUUGAUCAUUGACUCCCUGUUCAAAAUCUCUUAUAUUACAGCCAAAAUACUAAAUCAAUAUGAUACUUAAAUGAAACUUUAAGGUUAUGUAGUUUGAAGCAUCAUCUGGGACAUGUUGAUUUAAACUGACUUUAUCCUGCUGACGCCAAGUGAUUCUGCUUUUGCGACCAGUGCACACCAAGAUCCGUGCAGGCUCGUCUUGGUCUGCACUGUUCGCUUUUAGUUAGUAAAUUUUCAGUAAAAACCCCUUAGAAUAAUAAAAGGUACUGCCCAAAUUGAAUGAGUGACCAGUCUUAUUUGAAGUUAUUUCAGAAAUUUAGCAGGUUAAAAGUUAAUUUCCGAAUUUCUGUCCUAUGUACUUCUGAAGUUAUUAUAUGUUCAUUGUAAAAGUGCUUUGUUUAACCCAAGUGGAAAGUGGCAGGUACUUGAAAAUGCAGCUCUCUGAUUGGUCAGUCUGAAUUCUGAUGUCAUGUUAAAAUUAUGAAUUGUUGCUUUUCAUUGGUUAUGUUUUAUACUUCCAAAGAAUCUUCUAUAGAAUCUGUCAGAAAUAAAUGAAGUAUGAAAGUGUUUUAAGGAAUAUUUUAUUACUAUGACAUCAGUAGCUACAUGCCUUUUUGUUCCUAAAGGAUGACAUAUUUUUAUAUAUGUAAGUUUGUUUUUUUUGUGCAAUAUUGUAUCGCAGUGUAAAUGUGCUCUAUUGUGUUAUAAACAUAAUAAAAAAGUUGUUAAAUAGUU